UAAGGUACUUCUAUUUUUUUUUAAUCUAAAUUGUGACCAUUUUUUGGGUAUUUAAUUACCUGUAUGUGUCCUGAUUAACAACAAUAAACAAUAAACAAUGGCAUCCACAAGCAGACGUACCUGUGUAAAUCAUCCCGAUGUUUUUUGUUAUGUGUGUGGUGAAUACACUUUGAAAGAGAGCAAAAAAACGAUUUCUGACUUUGUGAAAAGAGCUUAUCUUGCCUAUUUUGGCGUGCAUUUAGGAGAUCAAGAUAAAUCUUGGGCCCCACAUUUCAUAUGUAAAACAUGUGUUGAACAUUUGCGACAGUGGACAGAAGAUGAUACAGAAACAUCAACGUCUGACGAAGUUAAAAGAAUUCAAUCAGAAAACGACAGCGAUUUUGAAGCAGAUUUAGCAACUCCGCAGUGUUUCAAUCAAGAAGAACUAAACGAUCUUAUAAGAGACCUGAAUCUCUCAAAGGAAUCCGCUGAAUUACUUGCAUCCAGAUUAAAAGAAAAAAAUCUACUUUGUCGAGGUUUUUAUGUGAUUAGUGACUUAUGUAAUUAUGUAAAUUAAGUUUUUGCA